AUGGCCCAAGCAUUACCACAGGACCCGCCAAGUGGCGUGGACAAGCUUGUCAAUGAAGUCCGGUCUCCCAGCCAGGAUGUCGAGAAUCAGCAAGGGGCCUCGGGUCAGCAGGAGGACUAUGAUGCCGAGACGGUCGAGAAGGUCUACCGCAAGCUUGACCUACGUAUCAUUCCCGCCUUCUGGAUUCUGUAUUUCGUCUGCUCCGGCCUCCGCUCCAACAUUGGUAUGGCCCAGACCAUGAACGCGGAGAAUGGCCACGAUCUCAUGACCGUCCUGAACCUGACGCCGCGGGAUACGUCCACCGCCCUGGCUCUCUUCUACGUGGCCUACGUCAUCUUCGACUUUCCUUCGAACCUCAUCAUGAGCAGAGUCAGUCCCCGCGCCUGGAUGGCUCGCAUCGUCAUGGCCACGGGCAUCAUCGGAGCGUGCUCGACCGCAGCCCAAGCCGCCUGGAGCAUCCAGCUGCUUCGCUUCCUGCUCGGCGUCGUCAUCGCCGGCAUGUGGCCCGGCAUGGCCUACUACCUGACCCUCUUCUACCCCCCGUCCCGCACGGGGAAGAGGAUCGGAAUGUAUUUCACCGCCGCCCAGGUCUCCGCUGCCGUCGUCGGUCUCGUCUCGGCCGGCUUCCAGCUCAUGGAUGGGCUCGGCGGCCUCGUUGGCUUCCGGUGGAUGUUCCUCCUGUAUGGUCUUGUUGCUAUUGUUCUCGGCAUCUCGCUGCUGUGGUGGCUCCCGGACAGGCCUCUCCCCCCCGGCCAGACCCGCGUCCGGACCGGCCCAUUCAAGUGGCUCCCUGUCAGCCCCGAGGCUCUCACGGGCCACGACGCCGUCGUCCACUACCACGAUUUACGUCGUGUCUACAACCCCCGUCCUUGGUCGGUUCGCGACGUUCUCCAAGUUCUUAUGGACUGGCGGCUUUGGCCAUUGGUUCUCAUGUAUUUUGGCGUUGUGGGCGUCGGCAUCGGUACCCAGCUUUACGGGUCUGUCAUUAUCCGAUCGAUCGUUCCAGAGGCCAGCAGCAUUGAGAUCAGCCUGCUUUUUGCCCCUAUCUGGAUCAUCGCCGGUCUCCUCACAGUCACUUUUGCCCUGUCCAAUGGUUGGGCGCGGUACGGUGGCCUUCUCAUGGUGGGCUUCGGCCUCGGGCCCACCGUGCCCAACUGCAUGGCCUGGACCAGCGAGAUCUUUCAGCGCCGCCACGGCGAGGUGGGCGUGGCCGCCGCCUCUGCGCUGGUCUCUGGCCUGGGCAACCUGGGAAGCGUCGUGACGACCUAUGCGUUGUACACGGGAUGGCCCGAGGACUCGGCGCCAGGCCGAUACCAGUUCCGUCGCAGCAACUUCGCCAUGAUCGGAAUCCUCGGCAUGAGCAUCGCGAGUAGCUUCGUCAUGGUGGUCCUGCUCAAGGUCUUCGGCAACCAGCGCAGCCCCAAGUUUGCCGCCACGAGCGAAUCCGGCAGCGACUGCGAGGACGGGGCGGCGCGACGUGAGCGUCAGCAGCGUGGCUUGGGCGGGUUGCUCCCCGGGAGCAAGCCUAGCCACGUCGCCUAGGUAAUUUUUCUCCCCCACCCCCUCUCGCGGGGAAAAGAUUCAGUGGAGAGUAUACGGACUCGACUUUCCACAUCGGGGUGAUGGAACAGGGGAUGGUUCGAUCCACCUAGCUCGGCAUUGCAGGGCGGACCGGAUAAAAUCAAUCGACAAAUCUUGAACGGCAACGGCUCGACGAAACGACAAUCUUUUUGUUUGCCUAGACACCUGGCAGCCGACCUGGCCACAACUCAUCUCUUCACUUCGUUCUCAUUUCCACUUUUACCAGGCCUUUUUCUUCUUUUCUUUUUUCUUUUUUCUUUGCCACUUCAAACAAUCUACCAAACUACGGUGAUCAUCACAUCAUAAUCAUCCAUUUUGAGCGCCUUCUUCA